AUGGCUCGAAGUCGAUUCGCAUCCUCACGACAGGAAGCUUUGAUCCAGCUCAGCCUUCGCGUGGUAAAUCUAGAUGACAACCCAUGCUACAAUGCACUUUCCUACACGUGGGGCCCUCCGAGCCGUGAGGCUGCGGCAAGAGGAAUGGAUAGCACUCCAGCGUGUCGUAUCAAGUGCAAUGGAGAGUCGAUUCUGGUGACACAAAACCUCUUCGACUGUCUGCAACAGUUCGCCCAUGGCAGUAAUCCCAUGGAACUUUGGAUAGAUGCGAUCUGUAUCCACCAAGGGGGCGAAGAGCAAAACCAGCAAGUGAAUUUGAUGGCGGAUAUAUACCGCCAGGCGAAGAAAGUGACCAUUUGGCUGGGUAAAGCCGACGAACAUACUCAUCGAGCAUGCGCUGUCAUAGAGGAGUUUGCUAGAUCACACAGGGCUAGUGGAACGGACCGUCAAGUCAUGGUCGACGAGCUCAAACAACGUGCACAGUUGACGGCUUUAGCAUCGUUCUUUAGCAGAACUUGGUUUACGCGGGUAUGGGUUGUGCAAGAGGUUGUCCUUUCUCAGACAGCCACUGUGAUAUGUGGUUCCUGCGCGUUCAACUGGGAUGACAUUACAGAAGUGUCCCACUACCUGGCCACAACCGUCUCCAAGCAGGAAUUUCAUGCGGCUGGCCUUGAACUGCAGGAGUUGCCGUACAAGAAUCCCGCUAAAAUGGCUGCUGUGAGGAGAGAUCUCGUUCAAUUGGCUGUGGUGGAGAAACAUCUCAAAACAGAGUGCACCAUACUCUUGCAUAGCCUCAUUAGGUUUCGCAACUGGGAUUCUUUCAGAGGGCAUGACAAGGUCUACGCUCUUCUCGGGAUUCACAAGGCUGCCUUGGGACUGGAGGAUGCCGAGCCUGAUUCUCCCUUAUAUCCACGGUACGAGCAAGAUAUGUGCAAGGCAUAUAUUGGCAUCGCAAAGUAUAUCCUAGAGAACACUUCUGAUCUCUUGCUCCUCGUACACGUUGAGGGCGAAGACUUCCAGAGCAUGCCCUCGUUGCCUAGUUGGGUUCCAGAUUGGAGUGUCAAAGGUACCCUGGGCCUCGGAAUCACUGGCUAUGAGCGCUUUGAUGCCGCCGCCGGCACAGAAGCUUAUGCGAAGCCUAAAAUUUCGCAUGAAAAUAUUCUUCUGACAUUGAGAGCAGCUAAACUCGACACUGUAAUCACGGUGGGGGAGACGAAAGAAGAGGUGGAUAGAGGCAUGCCAUUCGUGAAAUGGCUAGACAUCCUCAAUGAGACCAAAGAGCUCUACCCUAGUACCAAAGAACAGCGGCAAGACGUCCUUUGGAGGUGCCUAAUUACAAAUACGGACAAGAACGGCAAAUUCCCUUCAUCUGAUUUAAGAGAGGAGUUUUCGAGCUGGAUUCGUGGCCGCACGGAAACACGAGACUCUGAGUGGAUAGAAGGCGCUCGCAAUUUUCACAGUUCUUAUUCUCAUUCACUGCAUCUGCGCUUGUUUAGUACGGCAGAGGGUUUAAUGGGGGUUGGAUCGCAAUCGACGAAAGCGGGAGACUCUGUGUGGAUUGUUCCCGGCUCGAGGGUGCCCCUCCUGUUACGUCCGUCACAGUCACCUUCACACGAAGGGCGAUCGAGAUGGAGGCUUGUGGGCGGCGCAUAUGUUCACGGGUUUAUGCAAGGAGAGGCAUCAGAAUGCAGCUUAUCAUUCGAAACUAUCUGCAUAGAAUGAACAUAUUACUAUAGCUAUAUUUCUUUAAUACCUGCUACUAUAUCUAAAUUUCUUAAAUAGCU